UUUCACAGGAACAAUGAACUAAUCCUGCUUUUUGACAGCAUUUUUUCGUCCCAAGUAACUCAAAUUUUAACCAUAACUUCCAAAACGGGCUUAUAGCUCUUUCCUCACCCGACUGCUAAAGGCGGCACAAAGAAGUCAAUCGAACGGCAAGCCGAACAUAAGCUCUAAAACCACAAUCUUAUAAUCUUAUAUAAUAUUACGAAGUUCACAUCCAUUUCAAACAAUUAAUUAUUUUCUUGAAGUCACGAGCCACGGGGUCAGGUGACAGGAGGCCACGAGGCUUCAGGAUGGCACGGAGCGUUCCAUUAAUCUGUCAAGGCCCGAACCUUGCUAGCACGCCCCAGCGCGGGUCGUAUACCCGAACGCUGGAUCAUGGCUAAUGACAAAGGGCUUGCAUCCACCAGAAGCCCCAUAGCGAAGGCUUCCAAGCCUCUUUAAUGCUUGUGUAGGCGUUAUCGACUGGUGGGAAUGAAGGGUUACAUACUUUUCCAGCCCUGCGACUGCCUAUGAGGCUGUGUUUUGGGGGCCGCGUUUCAUCACACUUCUUCAUGUGACGAGGGGUAUUGCGGCGGUAUCGCAAUUACCCACUCUUCCGAUGUUUUCCACGCUGUAAAUUACGAGUGCGCUUGUGCUAUCGCACGCAUAACACCAUAGUCACACCGUAAAGCGCGCCGACCCUCGCGGCGGCUAUACUUUCGGAAUGUCCGGCGCUGAAGCGCUGGCCCUUAUCGGGAUCAUUUCGAGUACUCUCCAGCUCGUCAGUUUCAGCUCGCAGGUGCUGCGGCGGAUAAAGGACUACAAAGAUGACACCACGAGCCUGCCGAGAGAGUUUUGGGCGUUACAAGAUCAACUACCCCUCAUUUCGCAUGCGCUCCACAUAACAUGGAAGCAGACCCAGUCCGACGAACUCGAGGAGGAGGCAUGCAAGGCGCUUGUUCCGGUUAUCAACGCCUGCCAUCAGGAGGUUCUCAAGUUGAAGGCGAUAUUGGAGAAGGUGGCGCCCUCAGCUGGUGAUGCAGGAUGGAAGAGAAACUGGAAGGCCCUCACGAGCGUUUUCCACGACAAAGAUGUCGAAGCCGUGGCAGCGGGUCUGGCGCAGUCGCUAACAGUCAUCAACCACUAUCAUGGAGCAUAUACGGCCGCAACAGCGGGUUCGAUCCUGCAGAAGUUGACUGCUAUGGCAGAGAUGCCCAAGAAAGUCGAAGUCGAGGUUGAAGUGCCCGUCAAGCAUUUCAUUGCUCCUACUGUCUGGACGGACGAUUUUGCUGGACGAAAAGAUACCAUAGAGGCGCUAGAGAAGUUGCUAGCAGGCGAAGAUAAACAUCGUCGAAUCUCUGUCAUCGGGCUUGGUGGGGUGGGGAAGACUCGACUACUGCUGCAAUAUGCGUAUCGGUUCAAGGACUCGGACACUCACUCGGUGUUCUGGAUCCACGCUAGCAGUAUGUCUCGAAUGAACAAGACGUGCGCCGAAAUAGCGAGGCUCGUAAAAAUCAAAGGAUGGGAAAACCCCAUGUCCAACAAGAUCGAGCUGGUGAAGGAUUAUCUUGAAAGUCCGAAGUCGGGCAAGUGGACGCUUUUACUAGACAACGCCGACGACUAUGACCUAUUCUACGGAUCUGGUAAACUGUCGCAGUCAAUACCACGCUCGGAUAAUGGCUCCAUACUUAUGUCAACUCGCGAUGGAAGAGUAGGAAUGGAAUUCGCGAAGAGAAACUCAAUUUCGCUCGGAGCAUUGUCCCUCGAGGAGUCGAUUACAUUGCUUGAUACCCGCCUUGGGGUGGAAGACAAUACUUUCAACGAUCUCAAAGAACUGAGCGAGGAACUCUGCGGCAUACCUCUCGCACUCGUUCAAGCGUCGUCAUUUAUAAAACAGAACUUCCUUUCUAUCUCUAGCUACCUCGAGAUCUACCGCUCAAGCGACAAAGAUAAGAUCGAGCUCCUCAGUGAAGACUUUGACGACGACUACCGGGACGACGAAAUCCGCAACCCGAUAGCGACGACAUGGAGCCUCUCGUUUGAGUUCAUUCAAAAAAGAGACCCGCUAGCUGCCGAGAUACUCUCUGUCAUGAGCAUGCUCGAUCCGCAGGCGAUCCCCGAGUCUCUCAUUUACAACGAGAAGAGCACCCUUAAAUUCAGCAAGGCAAUGGGCACGCUGCAAGCUUUUUCUCUGAUCACCUCACGUGCGGAUGGCCCAAUAUGGGAGGGCCGACGAGACAAGUCAUUUGACCUUCACCGACUAGUCAGGCUAGCUAUGCGUAGUUGGCUAGCCCAUCAUGACCGACUUGAGAUGUUCACGGCAAAGGCUUUGGGAAUCAUGGCAGAGCGAUACGUGCACAGCGACUGGGAUACUAGGGCCAAGUGGGCGGCGUACCUUCCCCAUGCUGUUGUGCUUUUACAAUCGGAUCACCUGAAAGAGAUUGAGAAUAUGGCCAACACAAAGGUAUCCCAUAACGAGAAGGAUGGAGCUGUCAGCCAUGUACCAGAAGGGACUGUAUGUCCAGUUUGUGCAGGGAAGUUGCUUGCCAUCGUAUCGAUGUGCCGGUAUACUAUUGGCAAUCCGACGGCAAGUUUGCAGGAGGCUGAGAAAUCGUAUACCCUUAGACUGAGAUUCCUGGGAGAAGAUCAUCCAGAUACACUAGAAACCCUUGAUCUUGUCGCCAAGGCCGCAAAAGAUCUGUACUUAUUCCCCAAGGCCAUGGACGCAUGUUUCCGCGCCAUAAAAGGCAAAACAGACACGCUCGGCCCCGACCAUCCGUCGACGCUCAGAAGCAUGGCAUAUCUAGGGAUUGUAUACCGGCCGAUGGAAAAGCUCCAAGAGGCGAAAGAAAUUGGAACCCAUGUGUUGGAAAGACGGCGUGAGGUUUUGGGAAAUGAGCACCCGGAUACUCUUAUCUCGAUGAGCUAUGCAGCAACUGCAUACCGUGCGCUUGGAGACUACGAUAGUGCGGCGAAGUUGGAAGCCGAAAAGCUGAAAGGCUGGACGAAGCUAUACGGACCAUCACAUCCACAGAGCUUAGAUGCCCUGGCUUUGAUAGGUUGGGCAUACGCAUGCCAGGGGAAGUACGUGGAAGCUGAAAAGCUCAUGUCUCACUCACUUGCUGUUCAGCUCGAGACCAGACCAACACACUGGUUCACAUUCUGGACAAUGCAUUCCUUCUCCUGUCUCCUCGGCAUGCGAGGUAAAUACUUUGAAGCCGAGGAGUUAACAGAGCAAGCACUCGAUUUUAGGACCCAGUACAUGGGCCUCUCACAUCCUUAUCGAUACAUAUCUCUCUUAUACCUCGCCUGGCUCUACAAUGAAACUGGUCGGUAUGCUGAAGCUGAGAUGAUCGAGCUGGAGGUUCUUGAGUUUAAUCAGAAAUUUUACGAAGGCGACACACACCACGAGGUACUCCUCACUCGCUCCCAGCUCGCCUCAACCUACUCAUUCAUGUCGCGCCAUACCGAGGCCUACGCCAUCAAAACUGCCGUCUACAACAUCCGUCUGGAGACAAAAGGCGAAAUCCACCCGGCGACACUACGAUGCAGAUCUAGCCUUGGCGCAACACUUACCUCACUCAGCCGCCUUUCCGAAGCAGAGCCCCUUCUAACUUCCGCACACGACCUCCAGAAAAUCCACCUCGGCCACGAGCAUCCAGAAACUCUAACAACUCUAUCUCGCCUCGCGACGCUUUACGAGCGCCAGUCCCGCCACCACGAGGCCGCAGGCCUGUUUGUCGACGUCCUCCAGGCGAGCGAGCGCGUGCUUGGUGAGAAGCAUCCAAGGACACAGGCACGGGCUAAGGAUGUCCAGCGCUCCGAGGACUCUCGACGCGGAUUAGAGACAGGGACGGCGCCUAAUUUGGGGGCGAAGCUGGUGGUGAAGGCGUUUGCGCAGGGGAAGGGAGGGGGCCAAAAGAUGCCGUCGAAGCUAGACACGAGGAUUACGGAUGAUAUCAUGAACUUUGCGGUGGGGGGAGAUGGGGAACGUAGGGCGGGGAGUUGGACGGCGUGAGGAAUGCGACAGCGCUAGGGUUGAGGGGAGAUGGUUAUUGGAUAGGUUCCUUAUUGAGGAGAGGCCAACUUAUUUUAUACUUGCAUGAUAGUAGUUCGCGCGAGUGCUGGCACCGCCGUAGUUCUAUUUCAUCGGCAGGGAAGCGGGAAGCGGGCCUUAAGGGCAUCGUGCCGACGCGAGCAAAGGGUCUAGUGGAGCCACAGGGAGGAGUCUAUCCACUCCCACGGUUCGCGCCGGCGUUAGAGGCCAGGCACUCAAAUCACGAAAAACGAAGUAAUGCGAAGUCCACAUUUCCGUGUCAAAUAACUAGAAAUAUCAAAUAAAGAGUUGCCUUC